CUGAAAAGUUACUUUGAUGCUGGUUCCCAGUUCCUAUUGGCUCCCACAGGCUGAGUGAAGGAAGCGAGAUGGGAGGGACGCAGGACUUUAAUUUUGACUGAGCGUCUCUGCUGGGAUGCAGAGCUGCAGCGAUGGCCCAGGUAAAGGCUGCAGGUGCAACACCAAGGAGCCACCAGGACUUUGCAGAACUUUACUCUGACAUGGCUACAGUGAGCUCCAGCGCAGAUAUAGGUGAGCCCGGGCGGAAAGCAGCGACGUCAGAGACCUCCAUGGCCGCUGGCCUCUGCAGGGGGGGCAAAGCCUACCCGUCUCCCGCCAGGCGGCGCCACCGCACCACCUUCAGCCACAAACAGCUGGAACAGCUGGAGCUAGCUUUUCAGCAGAACCAGUACCCAGACAUCUACUGCAGGGAGGAGCUGGCACGCAUCACCAAACUCAACGAGGCUCGUAUACAGGUGUGGUUCCAGAACAGAAGAGCCAAACAGCGCAAACAUGAGCGGGCUUCCCAGGUCUUCCCGGUGGGUGUGAUGACGGGCCACAGGACGCUGAUGGCCGGCAUGCCUCGACAGUACUACCCCCAGCCGUUAGCCCACAUCCCCCACCUGUCCUCCAUGCUGCCGCCCGGGCCGUACUCCCGCCACCAAACCCCAGUCAGCCGCUGUCCGUGUCCCAGCAGCCCGCCACAGCCAGCGCCGCAGCGGCAGCACGACGACUGGUACGGCUCGCUGAGAACCAACCUCCCGUCACCCAUGUUCCCGCUGGCCUCCAUGCAGCCGCUGGAGACGGCCAACCCCUGGAGCUAGGAAGGGACGGGGAUACCUACGGAGCUACAUUGGGGCCAUAAAGAUUAUUUAAAAAGAAAAAAAAUGAAAAUGAAAAAUUAUUUUGAAACUGAAAAUAAAAAGUUCUGAAACUUUGAAGCUGAAAAGAAUUUCAAAAUUGGGGCGUGGAAGGGGGAGAAUCACUUUUAAUUAUUAAUU